CCCUCCCCCACCCCCCUCCUUUUCCCGAUAAUAAUUGUAAUUCCUCCCCCCCUCUAUCUCCAUCCUUACCUGUCCCUCAUUCACUUGAAUUCUUGAAUGUAAAAAAAUAACUGCAGUACAUUAUCGACAUAUAUGUAAACCAGGCAGGUGUAGAUAUACGUACAAGCUAGUGCUGCUGCCGCCAUGGAAGUAUUGCGCUGCCGCCACCGGCGGCGACUGCUAACCCUCUCUUUUGCAACGGUAGCCUUUCUUCUACUUGCAUCAGUUCCUGCACUGGGUUUCAGCACAGCUCACCAAUUCAUGAGGAGAAUUCUAGGGGAGGAGGGGGAGAUAGCACGGCGGCGGCUAGGGGGGCCGGGGUCAUGGCCGCCGUCGUGCCGGGCGAAGUGCGGGUGGUGCGCGCCUUGUAAGGCGGUGCACGUGCCGAUCCAGCCGGGAAUGAGUAUGCCAUUGGAAUACUAUCCAGAGGCAUGGAGGUGCAAGUGUGGGAAUAAGCUGUUCAUGCCUUAGCCAAAAAUAUCAAAGAGAGAUUUACUGUGUAAGUGUACUGUGUACUAUUUGGCAGUGGGGGCUUAAUACUAGCUGCAGCUGCUCAGCCUUUACUGAUGACAGAUAUAUGUGUUUGUGCCUAUGUAUUUAUGUAUGUAUGAAUGGCAUGUAUGUAUGUGUAUAAGGACAGUUUUUUUAGUGUAGCAUUGUAAGGUGACAACCUGUUCAAGGGGACACUCAUUAAUUAAAUAUCAUAACAUGGGGUUUUUCUUUGUCUAAUCAAGAUUUCUACUUGGGUUCCUGAAAUAGUGAAAAUGUUAGUUCACAGGUAGUUUUGGAAGAGAAAAGAGAGUAUUGGGAAUGUCAAUUUAGGGGG